CUUCCGUGUUGAGAGGACCGAUUCAGUCGCUGCCGCGGCCUGCCGACGGAGUUUUUCUCGUAAGCAUCAAAGACUGGAGCUAGCGGAUAUUUGACGUAGCGGAUCAAGGUUGUCAGUCCUCACCGGAGUUGCUGGAGAGUUUUCAUCAGGCGCGGCCGGCGAUGUGAGCAGAGAGACGGUGAUGGCGCUGGACGAGCAGACGGCGCUGGUGCUGUCGCUGCAGCUGGUGGCGUUGUGCGCCGUGGCGCUCGGCCUGCUGCUCUACCUGGUGUGCCGCCUGCGCGCCGCCCCCGCCGACGCCGCCCCCGGCGCCGCCCCCGCGUGCGCCGCCCCCGGGCCCGCGCCGCGCGCCGUGCUGGUGACGAGCGCCGAGACGGCGCUGGGGCUGCAGUGCGCGCUGCGGCUGUCGCGCCUCGGCUACCGCGUCUUCGCCGGCGUCUCGCCGCCCCCGGACGCCUACGACGCCGGCCCCGGCGCCGCCCUCGCCAAAGGCAUCGCCCUGGCCGCCGAGUCGGAAGACGACGACGACGACGACGAUGACGAGGACGUAGACUCCUCCACUGACGCGCACAGUGAUGCCGGCGUUUCGCCGGAGACACGCACAGCUGAGCUAGCCUCAAAGUCUAUCGCUGGGAUGUUUGCAGUUGCGGUGCCGCCUACACACGCCGGCUCUGAGGGGACUCCACCCACAGACGAGGGGGCGGAUCCGACGCCUCCGCCCUCAGCCCCAGCGUCGCCGCUCCACACGACGCCACCAGUCGUCGCGACGCCUCCCCCCACCAGACCGGCGUCGUCCCGGGGCAGCCGUCGCUGGAGCGGCGUGCUGGGAGUGCUGCGAGCGGCGGCCAAGGCCCGCGAGGCGACUGGAGCUGGAAGGCUGGUGGCCAUCCCGCUGGACGUGACCAGGGAGGACCUGCUGCACGAGGCCACCGACCUGGUGCGCGCGCACCUGCCCGCCGGCGAGGACGGUCUGUGGGCGGUGGUGAACACGUCGGGGUCGUGCUGCCGCGGCCGCCUCGACGCGCAGGGCUCGGCGCAGUGGGAGCAGGUGCUGCGGCUCAACGUGGUGGGCGCCCUGAGGACGGCCAGGGCCUUCCUGCCGCUGCUCAGGCAGGCCAAGGGUCGCCUGGUGACGGUGGGGGCGAGUCCGCCGGGAGCCGGGCUGGCGGCGACGACGGCGGCGCGGUACGCGGUGGAGGGUGCUAGCGCCGCCCUGCGCCGCGAGCUGGCGCCCCUGGGCGUCGCCGUGGUAACGCUGCGGCCCGAGCCGCGCGCGCCCGGCCUGCCCGCCGAGAUGCUGUUCGCCGCGCCCAGCCUCCCUCGCCAGAUUCGCCGGGAAGGAGACACCGUGGUGGACAUCCAGCCAGCAGAGUACAAGUACAAGGAGAGCGACUUCUCGGUGCUGACGCCGCACGCCAUGAGGAUCCUGGAAGAGGCCAUCAGCGCGCCCAAGCCCCGGGACACCUACCAGCUGAGCUCGCGCCGCAAGUUCCCCAGCAUCAGCGGUUUGGUCACCGUACUGAAGAAGAAGAUCAGCAGCCACAGAUACAAGCCGCAGAUCAUGUAGGCCCCCAGUGCCGGAGGGCUUGGGAUAGGGAGGGCCAAAGCAACACUCCACAGACAGUGGGCAUGUAGUCUAGACGCCAGUCCUACUUGGGAAGACGUUUCACUACAGCAUUUCUCACCAGAAAAAAAUUUCUUGAUGGUAAUUCCUUACCUACUUCACAAAAGUGCUGAUAACUUAAAAGAUGUCCGAAUGACAACAUACUGUCGCUCUGACCAACAUUUCAGGUAUUAAAAUAGCACUUUAUUUUGUUUCUGUUACUGCACAGAUUAAGCCAUGAAGCCAAUUUGAUAUGACUGUAUAUAAAAACAUUUCCAAGAGGACAUACAGUGAAACUUCAUUCAUUCAGCCUAACUGAUAUGAGCUGAAAGUUCUUUUUGUUGAGUUGAAAAUCUGCAUUAUUGAUAAAGCUUUCUUCAGGUGGUUAUCAACAGCCAAUAUAUUGGAAAAAAUCCUUCUUUUGUGGGUACAGCCAUACAAUUUUAUUUAUUCUCAACAGGUUUUUGGCACUGGCUACCAUCUUCAAAGCAGGUAAUAAUAUACAACAAUUGGUAAAAACACAUGUUUUCUAAAUACAACAACAUCAAGUAUAACGUGUGGCAAAUUAUCACAUUGCUUAUUUCACUGAAUAUCCACUGCAGUAGAUUUAUGCAACAAAAGUUUGCCAACAUGUACACAUUUGACCUUAACACCAAAUAAUCACCACAUGCUCAGUCAUACCAGGAUCUGUAUCCAUGCUCUGAAUGAGCUUGUGGUAGUUAUCUGCUAUUAAGAUGGAGCAUGUACAUGUUAUCACAUUUCGACGAUUUAAAUGUACUAUAUGUGAAUAUGGCAGCCAGUAGCAAAACUCACAGAGAAUAAAUAAAAUUUACAGUGUAUUGUAGAGUUGAAAGUGUGUAUUGUUGAGUUGAAAGUGUGUAUUGUUGAGUUGAAAGUGUGUAUUGUUGAGUUGAAAGUGUGUAUUGUUGAGUUGAAAGUGUGUAUUGUUGAGUUGAAAGUGUGUAUUGUUGAGUUGAAAGUGUGUAUUGUUGAGUUGAAAGUGUGUAUUGUUGAGUUGAAAGUGUGUAUUGUUGAGUUGAAAGUGUGUAUUGUUGAGUUGAAAGUGUGUAUUGUUGAGUUGAAAGUGUGUAUUGUUGAGUUGAAAGUGUGUAUUGUUGAGUUGAAAGUGUGUAUUGUUGAGUCGAAAGUGUGUAUUGUUGAGUCGAAAGUGUGUAUUGUUGAGCUGAAAGUGUGUAUUGUUGAGCUGAAAGCCUGUAUUGUUGACCUGAAAGUCUGUAUUGUUGACCUGAAAGUCUGUAUUGUUGACCUGAAAGCCUGUAUUGUUGACCUGAAAGCCUGUAUUGUUGACCUGAAAGCCUGUAUUAUUGUGAUGAAAGCCUGUAUUAUUGAAAGUCCAUAGUGAUGAAAGUCCGUAUUAUAGAAUUCUUCUCCAAAAUAGUUAUUCGUACCUACAUUUCGGAAUAUACAGUGAGGUUGUGGCGAAAUAAAAGAUUAACUGUGUUUUCUGCUGACCUGUUGAAUGGACUUCCAAAACGAGCCAGUGUCAUCUCUCUUGUGGACCUGAGCCAAAGACAAGUUUCCCUCUACUAUAACAUAUAUUCGUUAUUUAUGGAAUGGUUCAACAUUUACGACAUCUUAACCUAUGCUUAUCCCCACACACUUUUCUGUUAGAAAUAUUGUGCCGAUAUUGGAAUCUGAAUAGUCAUUCAGUACUAUUCUGGAAACCCGUUUGGUCGAAUUUAUCUGAAAACCUAGACCCCUCUCCUAGAGUAUUGUUAUUUGUUCCUGGUUUGCGCAGCAUCAUCAGUGGUGGUCAGUUUUGAUCCAGUUGUCCUUUUUAAUUUUGUGACUAGUACAUCUUGUUUUAUCGCAAAAUCGAAAGCUUUAUGGCAUUUUUUCCUUAUGUCGUAAAAACUUGAGUUAGCAAUCUCAGAUUCUAUCUUCACAUUCUGGCACUCUGAUUUUAUCAUCUAAACGUAACCAUUUAUAUAUUCUUAACAUUUGUUCUGGUUACUGUAUUCUACUGUUUGGUACUUUAACACUCUUUUAAGUGAUCACAUAGCUGUACUUUAACACAGCUCGUCAUGUGGGCGUCAGCAAGCUUUGACUCUGUUGCCUGCUUAUGAGCAGCAAAGAUACAGACGCUAUUCAUUAUCGGUCUCAGGUAAAGUAAACGGGAAGGGAGGAUUUGUGUUCAACAUUUCACAAGUAAAGAGUGUGGCGCCAAUAAUGACUGCUAUAGUAAGGUGGCGAUUCACUUUGCGAUAUAAAAGCUAGUCAGAGUUACCACUAAUUCAAAAUUAGAAAAAUCCGAAUAGCAAUGGUUUUACUGUAAUUAGGUUAGAGUACAAGCACUCAUAACAUCACAGAAUGGCAAAAAAAGAGCGAAGGGGGUUAGCCAGUCUUCACCGUUAAAGACGUGAUACCAAGCGUAUCCUGAACAGCAGUCACAUAUUAUUCCACUUAGCGCUAUUAGAACGCACUGGACUGUGUAUAGCAGUUCCUCGUUGUCUGUGAGGUAAUAGUCAUUUGAAAAUGGCAAUUCAGUCGAAACUGUGCAGUAAUGAAAGCAAUAUAAAGAACUGUUUAAUCCUUCCAAUGACAGUGUGCCAGAAUAUUGACAUUCAGGCAAUUUGUGGUGACAGUGGGCAUUAUUGCGACUCAGAUUUAAAAGAUAUUGCAUAUCGUCGUAUUUCGAGAUAUAACUUGAAUGUGGGGAGCUGCUUUUGCAGAUACACGACUCAUUGAUACCUCAUCUACUGAACGCUUGUAUAGCAUCAUACUCCAUUUUACUUCCAUAGCAUUCUUUUUUUUACAUUUGUAUAUAAUGGAUUGUGUAUAUACUGGGAUUGUAUGUCAUUUAUUGGCACGAGAAUAACGUUUACGCAUAUAAAACACACGUAACUAAUAUUCAGAAGUUAUAAUCAACAUUGUUUUUGGUGGCCAACAAAAUCAUUCACAGCUGUGGAAAGACUAAUAAUUGAUUAACAUUAGAUAUAUUUAUAUUAUAAUCAAUUAUAUGUCAUUUUUAUAUAUCAUAUCAUGUAUGAUAAACAUGUGUAUAUUAAAAGGUACUAUUACAUUCUUUCUGUAAAUAACCCAUAUUACACUUGUUGAAAUGAGCACCUAGAAUUUCGUCACAUGUUAGGAAUGUGUAGUUGUAAAUUUUGUACUAACAAAAAUCAUGUUUUUUGAAAAUAUAUUGUCAGUAAAUA